AUGGCUCAAGGUCCAAUGCAGGCAUUAGCAAUACAGAUCGCUGUCUUAGUACAGCAAUUACAAGGCACACCACACAUACAAGUAAAUGUUCCUGAAACCAACCGAGAAUUAAGUACCAUCUCCUAUCAAGAUUUCUAUGGAGGUGAUCAAGACCCAAUUAUAUGGCUUGAAGACAUAAAGAAAGCAUUUGAUGCAAACAUAGUCUCUGAUAAUCGAAAGAUUUCAGUAAUAGUUCCAAAAUUGAGGAGACCAGCAGCGAAUUGGUGGGUUAUGCGAAGGAUACAACAUUCUGUUAUUGAUCGAUGA